CGUAAAGCUAAAACCCUUUCAUUUGGUAUCGAUCGCUUCAUCUUCGUAGUCGCCUUCGAAUUCGCAGAGUGAAGAACAAUGAAGGUGAGAUCAUCAGUGAAGAAGAUGUGUGAGUUUUGUAAAACAGUGAAACGUCGUGGACGUGUCUAUGUUAUAUGUUCUUCCAAUCCUAAGCACAAGCAAAGGCAGGGUUUCAGUUCCUUUGCUUAUGAAGGAAUUACACCUUCGCCAUUGUUUUCUGAGUCGAUGGUUAAUCAGGAGGUGGUGAGGCUUCCUAGUCAGGGCGUAUCAGCUGGUCUGGCAGCACUUUUACACAAAAGGCCUAUGCCAACUGCGGUUUUCGGAUGGAGGGCAGGUCUUUCAUCCAUUCUCUUCAAACAAGGGAAUUAGAAAGUUAACCAGCAUUUCCUUGUUUUGGUUGUAAUCGCAGUUUCUUCCAAUUUCUGGUAUGGUGAAACAUCUCAACACUGUUAGUUUGGUCAGUCAUAGGCUCAUUCUAGACCUGCUUGAUUGUACCUGAACAAAGAGAUAUAUUAUGACACACUGCACUAUUUGUUUUUUAGACUUACUUGUCUAUGGAGGAUGGUUUGCUCCAACUUCUAUGGAACGAGAGGGAUCAAAAAUAAGAAUUCUUUUUCGAUUGAACAA